AAGAAAAGAAAAAGGAACGGAGUAUUAAUAAGAAGAGAAACAAUUGGUUACAGCAAAACAGAGAGAGAGAGAUGGAAGAUGAAUGAAUGGAAUCCACGAUAACUAAAUUGUUGAGUGCUCCUUGCAACAAAAAAACAAUUUCUAAAACUAAAAGCAAAACCCAAAAAAAUUUCUGAUAUCCUUUUCUAAAAGAUUCAUAACUUUCUUGGCUUUCAACAUAUCUGAUCCCCUUCUUGCUUUAUUCAUUCUCACAAAGAUUAGUCUCCUUUUUGCUCAUCAUCAGGAUUGUUAAAGAUUUGGUGAUAUUCUUAUUAUGGGGGAUCAUUUUGUGUUUUUGGUGGAUCGGUUGCUCACAGAAUCCACCUUGGAGGCUGCAAUUGAAAGCAGAAAUCCUUCAAAGCAGUUGGAUCUAUCAGAAAAUAAUGACACAGUUAUCGAUUGUUCUUCACAUGUUUUCACUCCAAAGAAGUUGGUUGAAUGUAGGAUAUGUCAGGAUGAGGAUUUUGAUUUGAAUAUGGAAACGCCUUGCUCUUGCUGUGGCAGCUUGAAGUAUGCUCAUCGCAAAUGUGUUCAAAGGUGGUGUAAUGAGAAGGGUGAUACCAUUUGCGAAAUAUGCCACCAGCAAUUCAAACCAGGCUACACAGCACCAUCCCCUGUAUUCCGGUUAGGUGGUAUUCCCUUGAAUCUAAGGGGGCAUUGGCAGAUUGCUAGAAGGGACAUUAACAAUGGUUCUCAAAUAAUUGCAGUUGUUGCACCUGAUCAUGGUUUUCUUGAUCAGGAAUAUGAUGAAUACACUGAUUCCACUUCUAGAAGCGUUUUCUGUUUUCGCUCAGUUGCGGCCAUUUUCGUGGUUCUCCUAUUCCUGCGUCAUGCUCUUCCCGUCAUUGCAAACGGAGCGGGGAGUGACUCUUUUCCAGUGUUCAUGUUAUGGUUCUUACGAACUUCAGCAAUCGUCCUACCCAUCUACAUCAUGAUGAGAGCCACGAUAGGUGUGAUACAUCGGCGACGCCAACUGGCUUCUAAUGCAUCAACAUCAUCUACGUCUUCCGACGAGGGGGAAAGUGUAAGACCUCCGCAUAAUCAGACACCUAUUGCACAUGUGCACUGAUCCACUGAUCUGUCUUGGAUGUGGUUUUAGCCACCCUGUGCCAAAAGGCAAACUGUCUGGACCAAGAAACAUGGUUCUAGUGUGUGGUGUGCCUACCAGUUAAUAUGUACUUACUAUUAGAUAUUAGUCACCAAACAAGCACCACUUCAAGGAUAGCUGGAUUACUGGAUAGGUCAAUGUUUAGUUUCUUGAUGCUUAAUUUUAAGGCGAUUAUUGGAAGGUUAAGCAUGUUUAAGAAAAAAAAUGUAAUGUGAAUUUAUAUAUCUGGUUUGAAUAUGUAAAUGUUAAAUCUGCAAAAGGAACUGAAGCAAGUGAUGUCAAAUUCUUUUGUACGCAAAUAAUUUAGUGUAAUGUAAAUUGAAAAAUUGCCAAGAACAAAUGUUGAAA